AUGCGGGGCAAGACAGUCCUGAUUACUGGAGCCACGUCUGGCUUGGGACUUUGGCAAGCAGAGGUGCUUGCAAGCUGGAACGCGUCCCUGGUGCUGCCAGUGCGCGAUUUGAAAAAGGGUCAAGCACUGCUGCAGAGAUUUUCCCAGGACUUCCCCGCAGCACCUGCACCUGUGAUCAUGGAGAUGGAUUUGGCAUCCUUGCAGAGUGUGAAAGAUUUUGCUGAGCAGUACACUGGACCUGUAGAUGUGCUUGUUCACAACGCUGCUGUCCUUGGAACUGGCGAACUGAUACGCACAGAGGAUGGUUUCGAGGAAUGCUUGCAGGUCAACUACCUAUCAUCGUUUUUGCUGACGCAUCUCUUGCUUCCACGCUUGGAGCAAAGCGCUGCCGGACGAAUCGUACACGUCUCCGCAAAGGCUCAUGAGUGGGGGAACAUCAGCACCACGGAUUUGCGUUCGCGCAAGGUCUUGGAUCUGGACUUCCCUAAGAGGCGAUUGAGGAUGAUGGGGAAUCUGGGUGGGUCCUAUGCGGACUCGAAAUUAGCUCAGGUCCUCUUCAGCAACGCGCUGGCUCGGCGUCUACCUCCGAACGUCGUAACACAUGCACUGCAUCCUGCCAUUGUGCCGACUGGGCUGCUCAGACAGGCAGACUUCUCUCCCACGCAGAAGUUUCUGCACGACAACCUGAUGCAGCCUAUGAGCAGAUGGGUUGGCUUCAUGCAGUCCGAGGAGGAUGCUCCAAAGACGCAGAUACAUGUAUCGACGCACCCUGCAAUCCAGGACGUGACGGGACGGUACUACUCGCCGCUAUCUCCUCCUCUUACGGAUUGUGGGCAGAAGGCGGAGUACUGUGGACUUGCCGGGAUAUCAGAUGCUGCUGCCGAUCGAUUUUUGCAGGAGGACCUUUUUGAAGCCUCAUGUGACCUGCUGGGCUUGGAAGAUGGUCCAACCUGGUGGCAUAUUGCAGCUCACAGCGAGCCAGGGACGGGGCGGCUGGUUUUGGAGGACGAGGACGGGGCACCUAUUGUGGUGUCCAUGGCAGCACGGAGCAUGACACAAGCGGACAUCAAGAUUUGCACGCUUUCCAUUGUUCAAGUGUAUGAGCUUCUGGAAGGCUGGGCGAGCGCUCCUUUCGUCUGGGGCCUUGCAUCGCAAGUGCGCUUGGCAUUUGGUGCUGCAAAAGAGGACUGUGAAGACUUCAUUGGCCGCGGCGCAGACUUGCAGAGACUUUUGCAGAUGCUAGGCGCUUCAGGAGGUCGACGUCUGCUCAUCCUGCACGGCCCCAACGGAGCCGGUAAGAGCGCACUAGGAGCUGAACUGUGCCGCUUCGCAACCUCCCCCGGCAGGAAGUUUGCACCAGUUAAAGGAAACCGCAGGCUGGCCUUUGUGUCGCUGAAGGACCCAGGCCGAGGCUCGGACGCAGACACUGCAGCCGCAUGCGCUCGACUGGCGAUCUUUGCAGCAGCUGCGGGGCUUGGGAGCCCAAAGCUGAACGAGGGUCGGCCUGCGCGGACUUGUUUGUUGGUUGACGAUGCUGAGGAGCGUCUCGGCUGGCGAGAUGAGUUCGUGCCAGAGCUGUUGGACAAGUAUCCGCAGCUGUGCAUUCUCUUGUUCAGGCGGUCACCUCUGUACCGACUCGACGGCGACGGAGGAGACAGGUGGAAGGCAGUGAAUAUUGCACUUGGUCCACUGCCUGAGAUGGAGGCGGCACAGCUUUUCCUGCAGAGGUUGCAUCGGCCAAUCUUCCUUUCAGACCUUUCUCGUGACACAGAGAAGGCCGGUGAGCCGCUGCGGCCAAACGAAGAUCUUCUGCGUCGAAUUAGAGCACUCCCGGCGCUCGCAGCCUGCAAAGGAUUUCCACGGAAAGUCGUGCGUCUGGCCGCUGAAGUGACCUGGGAGCUUCCCUCUUUGUUGCAUUUGAAGCCUCAGAUUUAG